GUAAAACCUUUCUGUCUCAAUCAUUACAGCCACAUGCACCUAACUAUUCACGGAUGCACUACACUAUACAAUACCAAGAACAACUUGAUUUAGUUUGCACAUUCAUGCCAUGCAUUAUGUGUAUAUGAUCAAUCAAAGGGGUCAUCAGGUUCCACUUUAAUCGAAGGAGCGGCGGGGGUUUCUCCGGCACCGUCCCACGAUAAUAUUGGUCGGGAGCUCCUCCACAAAUGGCGCCUUCAUCUAAUGAUUCGUCAUCAUCGAAUUCUAAACAAUCCUCAUCAACUUCUCCAUCAUCAUCGUCAUCUUCGAGCUCAAACUCUACACCAUCUAAUCAAGGGAAUGGUAACUCUGAAGGCAACAAUAACAAUUCUGGAGGUAAUAGCAAUAACAAUUCAGGAGGAAACAACAACAAUUCUAGUGGGAACAACAAUGGAAACGACAACUCUAGUGGGAAUGGUAACUCUGGAGACAACAAUGGGAACAAAGAUUCAAGUGGGAAAAACAAUUCUAGCGGGAACAGCAAUUCUGGGCAGAACAACAACAACAACAACAACAACAAUUCUGGACAGAAUGACAACAGUAAUUCUGGACAGAAUAACAACAACAAUUCUGGACAGAGCAGCAAUUCUGGGCAAAAUGGCAACAACAAUUCUGGGCAAAAUGGCAACAACAAUUCUGGGCAAAAUGGCAACAGCAACUCUGGACAAAACAACAACAACCAGAACAACAAUGGCAACCAAAAUAACAACGGCAACCAGAACAAAAACAACUCUGGACAAAAUAAUAACAAUAACUCUGGACAAAACAACAACAACAACAACAACAAUGGCGGGAAUGGUAACUCACAGUCAUCCCAAGGGAAUCAUCCACCACCACCACCACCACCACCCAAAUCGCCCAGCAAUUAUUGGCAUGCACCUCCACCACCGUCCAAAAAGUCCCCUCCAGCACCACCAGCUCUAUCUAAUAAAGACAAUAAAUCAUCGUCCAGCUCACCUUCCUCGCCACUCAUAAUAGGACUUGCAGCUGGAGCAGGACUGUUGUUUGUCCUGGUUUUUCUUUUUUUGGCAUGUUCUAGAAGGAGGAAGAAGCGACAGUCCUCACACCUCAUGGAUAACCCUGAUCCUUAUCGUCCUAAUGGAACAGGAAGUGAAUACUGGCAAAGUGGAGCGUACAAACCCAAUGAGCACGUUAUGAACAUGCCUCCACCUUCUGCAUUAUCUGGUUGGACUAACACAGGAGUGCAUCAGCCACCCAUGAUUAGCAGCGAGAUGAACUCCUCCAACUUCUCAGGCCCUCAUGGCCCUUUACAACCCCCUCCACACCCUUCAGUGGCUCUCGGGUUCAACACGAGCACUUUCACUUAUGAUGACUUAGCAGUUGCGACUUCAGGGUUCUCCCAGGCCAAAUUGUUGGGUCAAGGUGGGUUCGGAUAUGUGCACAAAGGGGUAUUGCCAAAUGGUAAAGAAAUUGCUGUGAAAAGUCUCAAAGCAGGAAGUGGCCAAGGAGACCGAGAAUUCGCAGCAGAGGUUGAGAUUAUUAGCCGUGUCCAUCACCGCCACCUUGUCUCGCUUGUGGGAUAUUGCCUUAACGGAGACCGAAAAUUGUUGGUUUAUGAGUUUGUUCCAAAUAACACCCUUGAGUUCCACCUUUACAAUAAGAAUCGUCCACCAUUGGAUUGGGCCUCGAGGGUCAAGAUUGCGUUGGGAUCUGCUAAAGGACUUGCUUACUUGCACGAAGAUUGUCAUCCAAAGAUUAUCCACCGUGACAUUAAAGCAGCAAAUAUUUUAAUUGACCAUCACUUUGAAGCUAAGGUGGCAGAUUUUGGGCUAGCAAAGCUAAACCAAGAAAACGUCACUCAUGUGUCUACUCGUGUCAUGGGGACAUUCGGGUACUUGGCUCCUGAAUACGCAUCGAGUGGCAAGUUGACUGAGAAGUCUGAUGUUUUCUCAUUUGGUAUCAUGCUUCUCGAGCUGAUUACUGGACGACGCCCAGUGGACACCACUGGAGAAUAUGAGGAGGACACCUUAGUAGACUGGGCUAGGCCUUUGCUAUUGAAAGCAAUAGAGGAUGGGAACUACAGUGAGUUAGCUGAUCCACGACUAGAAAAUAAGUAUGAUCAGGAAGAGAUUGCACGCAUGGUUGCAUGUGCGUCAACAAGCGUUCGGCAUUCUGCAAAAAAGCGACCCAAAAUGAGCCAGAUUGUACGAGCACUAGAAGGAGAUGUGUCGCUAGAGGACUUGCAUGAAGGAAUAAAACCUAGUCCCAGUGCUUUAUUUGGUGGCUCUAAUACUAGUUCUGAGUUUGAUUCCGACUCAUAUAAUGCUAACAUGAAGAAUUUUAGAAAGACGACAUUGGGGGAAAGCCAAGACUAUCCAAGCAGCGAAUAUGGGAACACCUCUAAUAGCGAAGAGAUGGUCAAGAAAGUAUAAAGGAGUCCCGAGCUUCACUAGUAAUUAAACUCCACUUUCCAAAAUAAUUGACAAUACUUAAUUUGGAGUAUAUAUAUAUAGACAUCAAGAUUGAUCGAUUGAUCGAGGUUGCAUUGUCUAAAACAUCAAUCCUUCUAUUCAUGUCAAAAGUGGUGGACAUUUUUGUAUUCACCACAAACUGAUCACUAGGUACGCACCUCCAAUUAAGCGUGUAUAAAAAGAUGGUGGUAGAGGUUAUGAGGUUCCUAAACAUGGUCAUUGAUGGAGGGAGUUGUAACAAGACUGGAGGUAGAAGUUUUGAUUUCCCAAAUUAAGAUGACCAUUGAUGGAGUGAGUUCUUUUUUCUUUUAUUUUUCUUUGUUUGGAAUAUGGUUGAACCUAGCUAUAUGCAUCUGUUUGUAUUUACUUUUAAUAUAAAAAGCACAGAUUUGUUCAAAUAA